AUGGCCGCCACGCUCGACGUUGCUCCCGGCCUACGCGGCCUCCCUCGCGGCCUGCCCUACCACCAGCCCAUCGACCGCAAGGCCUUUCCCGACGGCCUGCGCACCAGCGGCCAGCACCCGCCCAUUGAGAGCCAGAUCCGCCCCUUUGAAGACUUUCCCACUGAAAUCACCGGCCCGACCGUCUGGGAGGGCUCCGAGAUUGCCACCCGCCAGGACGAGUGGGCGCACCACUGGACAGAGAGCGAGCUCAACGAGCUGCUCCAAGCCGUCAACGCCUUUACUGUUUCCGGUAUCCCCCUCAUCAACAUCAACAAGCACAACUUUCACAUCCCCAACGUGACGCGGACGCUACAGGCCGUCCGCCACGACAUCCUCAACGGUCGCGGCUUUAUCCUCUUCCGCGGCCUCCCAGUCAACGAAUGGGGCCGCCAAAAGGCCGCCAUCGCCAUGAUGGGCAUCUCGGCGCACCUCGGCUACCUGCUGUCCCAGAACAAGCUCGGCCAGGUCCUCGGCCACGUCACCAACCUCGACGCCGACUACAAGAACUCGCUCGACAAGGUCAAGAUUGCCGCGACCAAUGCCGCUCAGCUCUUCCACACCGAUGAGGCCGACAUUGUCGGUCUCUUGUUCUGCGCCCCGGGUGAGACGGGCGGCUUGUCGGGCUGCGCGUCGGCGCACACCGUCUGGAACACCCUCAUAAAGGAGCGUCCCGACGUGGCCAGGCUGCUGGCCUCGCCCAUCUGGUACUUUGACCGCAAGGGUGAAAUCACAGCCGGCCAGGAGCCGUGGAUCAAGGUCCCCGUCUUCUACCUCGAGCCCGGUGGUCAAGAGCGCAUCUAUGUCAAAUGGGACCCUUACUUUGUCAAGUCCCUCACUCGCUACAGCGACGCCGGCCUUAUCCCUGCCCUUUCCCCUGCGCAGAUCGAGGCCAUGGACGUCCUCGAGGCGACGUGCGCGCGCCACGGCUUCGAGUACGCCUGCGACGUCGGCGAUAUGCAGUUCGUCUCGUGCUGCCAGACCUUCCACUCCCGCACCGCCUUUGUCGACGCCGUGCCGCCCAAGCCCCCGCGCCACCUGCUGCGCACCUGGGUCGGCACCCCCGAGCACGAGGGUGGCUGGUGCCUGCCGUUCCACGACAGCUUCCACCCCAAGCGCGGCGGCAUCCAGGUCGAUAGCACCCCGCCCACGGCCGACGCGCUCGUCGCCUCUGGCGGCACCGACUGA